CCAAGAAUAGAGCUCACUGUCAAAUCAAAACCCAUUGUCAAAGAUGAAUACAUGAUUUCAAACCUUCCAUCUACAGCCACUCUCUCUCUCUCUCUCUCUCUCUCUCUCUCUCUCAUCAGUCCCAGCAGCGCCAUUCCUGCAGAAAAUUUUCAUAGUGAGUGGUGCUAGAGGAAGAAACCACCUUCACACAGAGCUUGGUAUUUCUGUGUUGUGAACAGAUUCCUUAGCAGCAGAAAAGAUGAUUGGGUUUUUGUUGAAACCUUCGUUUCCCCUCUUGCUGCUUCUUUCUUCGUUGUUUCUUCACCACUGCCACGUUCUCGCUGCUCCAAGUUCCCAGGAUGAUCUCUCUGUUACAGGUUUCGUGCGCGAUCUCCCCGCUGAAGAGAAGUCGCCCUUGUGGUCGUGGAUCAAGACUGGAUCAGCAGUGUCCUCUGUAAACAGGAAAGGAGGAAGCAGAGGGGGAAGCAGAGGAGGAAGCAGAGGCGGAGGCGGAGGCGGAGGCUGGACAAGUGGGAAAGGUGGUGGAGGGAGGGUUCCAAUAUAUGCAGCUGGAGGGGCUGCUGGAGCUGCCGGAGCUGCUGCCGGGUAUGCUGCAUCUGGACCUCACCGCCAUGACCUCCACAAUGGCGCAGCCUCGAACAGUGGGAAGCCCUGGCAGAAUCUGGCACUUGCAGUCCAGUUGGCGAUUGCUCUGUUCUUCAACCCUUUUGCAUAGAUGCGGGGUUCCGUUGAAGAAAAUGUAAGUCGAUUCUAGGAUUAGGAACCGUGAAUGUAGUAGUGAGCUUUAGGCUUUUAUCUGUGGAUGCUUAUUAUGAUUCCUCAACUGUAGCUUACUGUGUUUUGAGGUGAUUAAUUGAAUUGGUAUUGUAUAAGGGUUUUGUAAUCAUAGAGAGAGUAUAAAAUGGACUAAUGGAUCUGAAGAUUAGAGCAGUGAUUGAUGGCUAAAAAAGGGAAGGGAGGAAUGAGAUUGUAUUGUACGUUGUUGGUCUUGUAAGUUGUAACCAUAGUCUUUGCAUUCAAAGUCCAACGUCAUAAUCACUCGACCAAACUUGUAUUGACAAUAACAGUGAACUUGUUAAAAUACCCCAUCAAUCUUCUAGCCUUUCCACAAUUGACUCCUUCGUGCACCACAAUGCAAUCAGAGUAGCUCCUUCGCUUUUGCGGGAGAAGAAGGAACGACCUUUUGCUAUCCAAUGGCAAUGGUUCGACGAAAUUUCGUCCAGAGGCCAUAGGUUUCCCCAUUCAGUCCGUCUGUGGCUUCUGCAGAAGUUCAUCCACUUCGCAAUCCCUUUUCCCUUUUCUGGUAUGGUAAUAUUGCCACCAGCUGCCGAGUUGCUUGCUAUCGACCAAGCUUCUUUCUCACGACGAUCAUCUUGGUUGUGUUUGUUGCUACUGCCGCUUCUGGGCAUUGCUUCACUGUGCAUCCAUCUCUCUCGCGCCCCUGUUCUUGCAGCUACUGCUGAUCCAACUCCCUGCUCUCAUGAUCACCAUGGGCCGGCGCCUGAAGGUAUUACUAAGAGGCCCACUUUUCACCCGGCAUCUUUUAACUUAAGUUCUCUAUUCUGAGCUGGGAAUUUCCGCAAGCACCUUGUGUGCAUGCGACAUCUCUUGAAGCCGUGUGAAAUUGCGGGAGAGUUCGUGUCGAUGAAAGUGAGCAGCUGCCCCUCGUAAGCAUCAAACUGAAAGGAAGUUAAGCGGAUUUCGUUGUGAUAACAAAAGACUGUUGAGUAACAUUAUUCUACAAUAUCUGUUGCAGCGCACACUUCACUACUACUUUAGGAGUGGCACCUCCACUUAACAAGUGGCUCUUUCUUAACGAGGAAUGCCCCCAAAAGGCAACUGCUGGUUUUGAAUUCUGAGAAAACCCAAUUCCUUAAGCUAAAAAUAUCUGACAAGGCACGACCUGCUUUUCAUUCCAACUCAAUCCAGCGCCAUCAACAACUAACCCAUUAGCUCUCAGUGAUGAGAAAGCGAAUAACUUUUCUGUAUGUAGUGUGGCCCUCGAAGGUUCCUUCAAAGGCCAUAGUUUCCCCGAUUCGUCGGUUUAGCAGGUCUUCAACGGCAAGCGCCCCUGCAAAUCCUUUUUUCCCUUUUUCGGCUGGCAAAACUCCUUUAAUUUCCCCCGUCCCAGACUCUCCACCUAAUACCAUAUUUGGCCGAAGUUUAGUAGAAUGAUGGGUUUCUCACUGGAAACCAGAUUUGUUCUCCUGCUGUUCCUGCUUCUUACGGCGAGGUAUCUUCGUCAUCACGAUGGUAUUGGUGUCUCCCCUGUUCUUGCUGCUCCAAGCAUCCCGCAUAACGAUCUCAACCCUGAAGGUAAAGUUCCCAAGUUGUGAUCUUUUCCCCCAUCCCGAUGGUUUCUCGGCCCGAUUUCGCGUUCUUCUUAGGACCCAUCAAGGCGCUAGUGCCAGAAAGUUCAGUUUUCUCAGCGACGAAUUUUCACAAACACCUUGUGUGCGUACCCGUUGGGAGUCGUUUAACCCAAAUGCGCCAAUUUGGUUGACAUUGGGAAACUGUCCUUUUCUUUACAGGGAAGUUUCCCGUUUCGACGAUGAUCAAGACUGGAACGGUAUCCUCUGUAAACAGGCGUGGCGGUGGAGGCCACGGAAGCGGAGGCCGUGGUGGGCGAGGCCGCGGCGGUGGCGGGGAAGGAGGAGGAAGAGGUGGGGCGGGGAGCAUGAUUCCACUAUAUGCUGGGGGAGCGGCUGGGGCCGGAGCCCAUGGCCAUCACAAUGGCGCAGCCCUGAAUCGAGGGAAGCCCAAUCCAAUACACAAUCUGGGUCUUGCAUUGCUCCUGGCUCUCCCCUUACUGUUCAAGUUUUUUGCGUAGAUUUUUUUUUAAGGUAAGUACUUUGCGUAGAUGAUCAUGAUGUGCAGCUAGGGUAUAUCAACGGAUGGGUAAUUAGCAUAAACGGUCACACAACUAUUCACUUAG